UCUGCCGUACUUGUGAACGACGACUCAGUCCAUGUCGAGAUUCCGUUUCAAGUUGACGUAGUUUUCCAGCCCUGCACAAACCAAACAGUGGCUCGGGGUUGAUCUGGCAGAGCCUUUCGAGAAGAUCCAAUCACAACUUACUUCGAGUUCGAAGUGACGUUGCGCCGCGAAUGCAAGGAAGAAUUCAGCCCGCGAUCGUUCCGCGAGAGGGAGAGAGAUAGACAGAAAGAGAGCGCAAGGUAAUAGGGAGAGAGAGCGAGUGCGAGGUGAAAUAUAUUAAUUUUGAAAUUAAUUAUAAAAGCUAUCGGCGAACGAUCGGCCGCUUCCAGACUGAGAGUGAGUGCAGUGCAAGUUCCACGAGAGGCGUUAUAUUCCAGGCUCCUGUGUCGGGUUGGCUAACAGGAUAGAAGAGAACACAUAAGGGUCUUUGACGAUUGACGAUUUGUGUCGCGACUUGCGGCAAAGUUAAUUGACCCUUCUGCGCUAAGGUGCUUCGGUGUAGCAAUCCACGGUGAUUAGACGCGGCUGCAAGUGAGAAGUGUGUGAUUUGCUAGGUUUUUUUUUUUGGAGGUGAAAAGUGAAGUGAAAUUGCAAGUGAUUGACAAAUGUCCGCGGCCUGGUAAGGUGAAGAGGCGAAGAAAGAGUUGCGCUUUGGCGACUUUGACUCCGAAGCAAUCGAGCGGUGGCAGCAGUAAAUGGUUCAAUUCGAAUUUCGCGAAGUAAUGGUAUCCAACAUCGAGACUGUAACUAACUGCUAAAUGUGCGCGCCGCGGUCCGCCCCCAUCUCCCAAACAGCGAAAAUCGCGCACAAAACACAGCCAACGGCAACGACAGAAAACAACCGUUCGAGUUGAUGCAUAAUUUUAAAACCGCGAGCUUUUGCGAGCAAUAAAAGAGAAAUAGUUGGAUAAGUGAGUGAUUUUGCUAUAUUUUCUUUUGUACAUUGCGAUUUUUGUCCGUUGCCUCCUCUGUUUUUUUUCUGAACCCUCUUGACGAAAAUCGCGAGACCACCCGCGUUUCUAACGGUGCUUCUUUUUGGCGCAAUCGAAAAUAAUUCAUUUUCAGUAAUCUCUGACGCAAUAUCGAAAAGAUUUUAUUUCGAGAGGAGGAUCGUGAUCCAAAACUGUCCAUAAGAAGAAUCUACGGCAGCUGUUUGUGUUUCCUGCGAAAGGAUCUUUGUCGAUCUAGAUAAGGUGAUUUUCAUCGAUUUCAAGACCUAUAAAUACAAACGAAAUCUACCAUUGUGACAAACAUUCUCAGGCCCAAUCUCGGACGAAUCGGUGGCUCGGAAAUAUCAGCCAGACGCACGAACCGCUCGUUGAGAUGAGGAUUUUGGAUAAGCUUCGGUUGCCGGCGUUAGGAAUAACUGGCGUCCCGACUGGCGCUCUCACGCUGCUGGGGACGAUGCUCCUGUGCACAUCGCUGUCGGUGGUACAAACAGGUCCAGUGAUCCGGUCGCGCCGCAUGAUGCGAGAGAUUUACGGGGAGAUUACGGAUGCCAGUGCACAGAAUGUCACAAACUUCGUCGAUACAUGUCUUUACGAUGGUUCGCAAGUGUCCCGAACGAGUAUCGUCUGCGAGAAAAAGCAUGGUUGCAGAGCGAUCCAGAAGACGGGCGAGUGCUGUCCGGAUUAUCAGUGCGAGUGCCAACGCGAUGGCAAGACCUACGCCAACGGGGAGAAGGUGUUCGAUCCGGAAACACCCUGCCGGGUCUGUUACUGUCAAGGUGGUGAGAUCAGUUGCAGUCAGGUAACAUGCUACAAACGACACGACUGCGAGCCAAAGUUCAUUUCAGGCCGUUGCUGCCCCGAGUAUGACAACUGUCCUCCGCUAGAUAAUAUUUCAGAAAACUCCAAACUCGCGGAAACCGUCUCUCCUAAAGAAGAAUCCAGCGCCGAGUCGAAGGAAACCGGUCUCGACGCGGAAGAUCUGCUCGAAUUUGAUCAACCAAAGGCAAUCCCAGUCUCUAGCAGCAGUGCGGCCCCUAUCAGCACAACAACGACAACAACAACAACCACGGUAACGACCGAGAGUCCCACAUCGGCUAAAAUAGUUAUACCAGCGGCAAGCAACAACCCGCUGGGGAUCAAAAUCAAGGAAAUCACCAAAGGAGAAGAAAUCCGUCUAACCGACAGCCGACCAAAGAUCUCCACCACCACAAGCAUUUCCACGAGCAGCAGUGAGGAAGCUGCUCGUCCUUCCACCGAAUCCUCCGCCUCGCACAGUGAGGAAGCCAACAAUCUUGAACACCUGGAUCUCAACAUCACCGAUGACGGGGAAGAUGGAAUAAAAAAUGUGCGACAUACCGACGAAGAUGCAGGUGCUAGUGGAAGUGCCGAGGUGAGAUCAACCGCGGCGCCACCCGCGUCGGAAGAAGUGGAAGUCUCUUCCGAAGCUAGCACCCAAACGAUCCGAAUUCUCUCAGCCUCGUCGACGGCAAUGCCAGACGACGCGUCCGAUGAAGUGACCAAGAAAGACAAGCCACUGCCGGCGGUGGUACAGAUCGGGGACAAACUGGUAAUCGUGGAUCACAACCAGCCCAAACCGAUCACGGUGAUUCAGGUGGAAGAAGUCGAAGGACUGCAGCGGGGUGAGGAUGAUAUUUCCUACGACCAGGAGAUGUACACGGAUCGGGCGCCCGACAGCAGGGACACUCCGAAGCACAUGAAGCUGGACAGUGGCGAAGGGGAGAUGUUAUCGACGCAGGCGGACUCGAGUGCGGCUUACGAAACGAUUUAUCGCGGUGGUGGGUCCGCGGACAACGGAGCAUAUGAAACCGUUUACCGGGGUGGUUCGACGGAACACAUGGCGGCCUUUGAGACCGUCUAUCGAGGGGGUUCUACGGAUAACGUGGCUUCGGAAGAGGCCUUCGAGACGCAGCAUUACACCGAAGCACCGAAGGAAGUGCAGGAACGACACGAAAUGCAAGCGGAUCAGAUGUCGGCUAGCAGUGAGGAGUUUAUUCAGAUUGCAUCUUCAUCCGAACAGUCGGUCCGAUUGGUUGAGGAACAUACCACAGUGAAUUCGUUGGUGACUAGUGGGGAAGAGGGAAGCACAACGGCCGAUUUCCACAUGUCCGCUGCUGCAAGCUCGGAAGCGUCGGGAGAUGAGGUUUUCGAUACCCAUUUCUAUACCGAGGGACCAGGAGGAUCAUCCGAAACGACUGAUGUGGUGACAAAUGCUCUCAGUGAAAGCCAGGAGCCGUCGAAACCCGGCAAGGAUAUGUCCGGAGACGAUAUGACGACCCACAGUAAACCCUACAUCGAGGAUGACGAGCACGAUCUCAUUCAGCCAGGAUUUCAACCCAUCCCAGAGGACUUUAGUCUUCCUCUGCAGGAUCAACCGACGAUGAUGGAUAUGGCAGAUGAGCUGGAUCAGCACAGUUCCUCGAUGAAGAGCGAGAGAAGAGAUGAUGGUGGUGAAGCCUCGAAGAUCCUGUCCGAAGUGCUGGAGUACCGUAAAAACAAAACAACGACAACCACUGAAGCUAGUACCAGUGAGGUUGACACGGCGGCUACCAACUCGCCAGCUUGGUUGAAAGAACCACUCAAACCAGAGCUGAGAUCUCCGGGCGAACCUCUUCUGAUUCCGGAGUGGGAGCGUCGUCACAACAGAACGGGCAACAGCUCAUCGUUCGAGGAGGAAUCCAGUGGGGCAGGAGAGUUUCACAUACUGAAGAUGAAUUCGGAGGAGUACAUCGAUAGAUCGGAAGGGAGUGAGCUGAGUUCCUCGACGCGGAAGGAAUCGGAGGAGACCACACUGACCCCAUCCAAGAUUCUGCAGCAAGACAUUGACUCACCCGAUAGUGGGUCCAGCCUCGAGUCGGAUAGCAUCAAGCACAAUCCGAAGAACGACGUGGAGAGUGUCAAAUACGACGAGAACGAAAACAGCGCAGUGGAAGAUGUGCUCCCCAAACAGGUCCAGUCCAGUAUUUGAGAGUUCUCCCAAGUUGGUGCGUAAAUGUAGGACAAUUCAAUCAAUUGAACUAUUUUAACGGAUGCAAAAAUAGAAUGUAGCUAAACGAAUUUACUGAACGAGUAUUUAGCAAAAAAAAAAUCUCGCCCUUUUCGCAAUGUCUCGGCAUUGCGAACGGCGGAGAAUAAGGUGCCAGUUAAUAGAAGAAAACCUUUUCUCUCUUUCUCCUUGAUUUAGAUCGUAAGAAUUAUUUAUUGUCGCUUCCUGCUUCCUCUGGUGGAAGCAUGGAAACACCUCUAUUAUCAGCGUGAGAAAUGAUUCCAAAACAUUACGCUUCAGACAGUUAAUUUCAGUGCCAUUAUACUCGAACCCGUUGCGACAAUUGGCCACACCCCCUUUUUCCAAAUAAAAAACAAAACACCAACAGCCUGAGGUUCGUCUCCUGUCCAAGUCUCUGAGACAAGUGCAAUCAACUGAAAUACGCAAUUAUCGUUUUCACCUUUCCGACCGAGUCAAAAAAUAUUCGGAUUGGAACCGUGAAAAGACCCCUGCUGAAUAAUAAUUAUAAUACGUAACUAGUCAAACGGGACUCUUGUUAUGACCGCUGGGGACUUGACGAUGGGAAAGUGACGAACCCAGCAAAAAAAAGCUCCACAAACACUCACACAUUUGUACAAAUCCGUUUCUGAAAUAGUAAACGUGAUAGUAAACGCACCGAAACACAUGGCACAAAAACAGGAAUCAGAAGCGAACCCACUUAUCAGUUGUACUCCCACUCUUUUCCUCUCCCUUCCUUAUUUAGUGUUGUUGAUAUGUUCAACUCGAAAGUAUAGUCGUUGUUGUAAGUUAUUUAUUACAAGCGAAUGUUUGGCCUUCUCAAAUUUGCAAAAACAAAAACCAAAAUUAUGUCACGUGCACGCGUUCAUCGAUUACUCUGGAGAGACAUGUGAUAGCUCUACCUGUUCACUAGAAGAAGAAAAAAAAACAACAAAACGAUAAAACAACACGGAACACACAUUUAUUAAGUUUGUUAGCUCAAGUUAACUCGCCCCCAAAAGCAUCAGUAGUAAGCACCCUCUAUCCACGGCUAGAGGCAUUCAAGUGUAAACGAACGUAAAAUAAAAAACAUAGUUUGAGUUUAAGACUGUUAUAAAAAUAGUUGAAGGUGAAAAUCACUAUUUAUUGAUUAUUUAUAAUCGCUGCUAAGGGUGAUUCCCGAGAGAACUCGGAUUCCACCCGUCCGCUCGCUCUCUACGUUAAUUCCAAAACGAAAAGGCAGUCCCCCCGUUUCAACUAUCAAACUCAUCAGCCCCGGGGAGGCGCCACUCUGCCUCCCCUAGGCUAUGAUGAGCUAGGCAUUCUUUUUUCAAAUUUUUAUCAUUACUUUUAUCAAUAUUAUUAUUAUUAUUUUCGUCGUAGGAUAAGCAAACCUAGGUCGUAGCGAUGUUAGAGCGGAAGUUAACUGAAAGAAAGAGUCAUACUUAUAAAUUGAAUAUAAACUAAAGUUAAUCAUCCAUCUUUCUUUAAACUAUUGGAACUAUUCAAUACUGUUUACUAGAUGUGAGGAAUCCUUUCCGCUAGUGCGGGGGAGGUUUGUGUUCCCCUCCCGAAGGAAUUAUUAGAGUUAAAAUAUGUAAAAUAAACUAAUUACAAAUAAA